AUGGAAGAACUAAAUAAGAUGCUGCUUUCGCAGCAGGGCAAUUAUAAGGAGCUACUGAUAGCACUCACCGAGCGACAUGUCAAAAUACGGAACUAUCUGUACCACAUGCAGACCUACGUGGAAAAGGUUUUUACCAUCAGCAAAGAAAAUGUCCUCUUCAACGCCUACCUCAACGACAAGUCCGUACACGAAAGCAACAUCAUAAAAUUUGACAAAAUAAUUCAUAACUUGACCGAAACCAUACAGGUUUCUCAAGCCAGAAUUUCCGAUAAUGAAGAGAAUCUGUUCAAAGAACAGCUGAGACUACUUUCAACUACGCUUGACCCCUCAACUAGUCUACAGUCAAAUGUGUCCGAGUCACGUCCACUGCCGAACAUUUCCUCUUUUACCAAAUUUCGGUGCAAUCACUAUGAAUGCUCAGAGGAGUUUAGUUCAAAGAGUCUUCUUGAGGAACAUCUCCGUAACCAGCAUAAUAAUUUGGCGACCUUCAGUCAAACACUCAUGUCAAACAACCUCACUGAUGAUAAAGUCAAGGAAGAGUUCCUCUAUGUACCUCAAAUGGAAUUGGAGGUGUUGGAGUACAGCGACAGUCCCUUUGCUGGAAGUAGCCACAGCACCAGCACUCAUGAAGGCAAUAUUGAAGGAGGAAAUGUUACGCGACAGAACCAUCAGAACGGCUCAUUUCCGUUCAAGAAAAUGGCCCGUUGCGACAUAUGCUCAAAAUACUUUAACAAACACUACCUCGAAGCACAUCGCCGAAGUCAUUCAGGUGAAAAGCCCUUUAAGUGUUCAAUCAGUGGUUGCAAUCGCACAUUCACGCAGUCAAGCUCACGAAACUUUCAUGAAAAGAGGUUUCAUCGUGCGGAUGGCUCUAAAUUCAUCAAAUCAGAGUCAUCAUUUGAUGGUAGCUGCGAGGAGAUUCUGAACAACGGUCAUCAACAACAGCAGAACUUUCAAGAGCAGCAGCACCACAUGAUUUUGCUCAAUUCUGAUCGCUCCGAGUUUGAAAUGCAUGCCGAAAGUCCACUUAAGGAAGAGGCACAGCAACAGCAGCAGCAAAAUGUGUCACACUCAUUACAGGAACUUUCUAAUCACGAAAUCUCAACCAACGGCAAAAGCAGCAAAACUAGUCGCAUUUCCAAGAGUGCUAGCAGCAAUCUUCUGAAGCAUAUUUGCCUUCACUGUGGCAAAUCAUUCGCGUACAAAAUGGCACUAAAGCAGCACUCAUUGAUGCACGGAGAAAAAAACUUUCGAUGUACGUUUAGCGAUUGUAAUUACGCCAGCUACUGGAAGCAUAACUUGGAGCUUCACUUCAGAAAGCAUCAGAAUUCAGCGUCAAAUGGAGCUUCGACAAUGACAGCUUCCAGUGCAGACUCUAAUGCAUUUUCCAGUCACUGA